AUGCAUCUUCAAGUCUAUGUUAUUUUUAUCACCUGUGCCAUUUCACAAAAUAUAAUAAAUUCACAAGACUUUUUUAAAGCACAAUUGUCACCAUCAACCCUCACAUCCGUACCAUAUUUGGAUGGUGAAGUGACCGUCUAUGAACAUCUACAAAAUAGUUCACGUCUAUUUGUACCACCAUUGGCUGCACUGUAUCUAAAUCAAACCCGUGUCUUUUAUAAUCGUCUCAGUGACAAAUAUCUCUUACGUCUUUCAUUAAUACUCUUCACAAAUGAAUUACGUACAACAAUUUUAAGAUAUGUAUCCAAUACACGCAAUCGAUGUAGUCCACCAUUGGAAAUAUGUGAUAUAAAAAUGGUACCAACUGAACGUCUCCGCGUCAUAUGGAAACGUUCAACCGAACUAUCAUCAAAUUACAAAUUAGAUACAAGUUGGCAAUCGAAUACAGCACUUCUAAACAAAGUUGAUGUGCAUAUUGAAUGUAGUACAAAUCAAACAUGUUAUGAUUUAUUGAAUGAUAUCUUAGAAACACCAGAAAUAUUGAAUGGUUUGGAAUUGCAAUAUAGUACACAAACUGAAAAGCAAAUACGUAAGACUGUUACAAUUACCGGUGAGCAUAUUAUGAAGACACCUACAUAUUCACAAUUAAAACAGAUACCAUCAUCAACUACUGGAAAUAAUACACAUUAUCUGCUUGUUGAUGAUAUGAAUCAGUUUAUAACCGAAAUAUUGACAAAAAUGGAAUUAGAAGAAAUAACAGAUUCAGAUUAUAUUGCACAAGAUGAUCACAACAUAUUGGCAGACCUGAUGAAAAAAUAUUUCUCAUUAAAUGUGGAAAUAUUACACGAUCAUACAGAACGACAAUGGAAUUCAGUCUAUUGGAAUUCGAAUAACAUACGUCCAGAUCGAAUUGUCCAUUUAUUAAAUGAUGAAUUGAAACGAUUACAGAAUAGAACUAUUGUUACACACCAAAAUCAAUCGUCUUUUGAACAACAACAAAAUCAAAGAGACUUUAACCUGACACAUACGCAGGGUAGUCAUGAUAAUUCAGAAAAUGUAUCCGGUAGUGGUCGAAAUAAAACUGAUAGAUUGAGUAAUGGUGAAGGCAGUUCUUCCACAGAACAAAAUGUUAUUGAUCGUAGUAAUAGUGUUCAAUCGCAGAAUCAAAACUUUGGGCAAAGUGCAUCAGACAUGCAUCACGGUGAUCAUUCAUCUAACAAUAGAUUUGGUAUCAAUUUAGGCUUUGGUGGGUUCAGUGUUGGUAUGUCACCUGGUUCAUCAAAUAAACAUAUGGAUGCUGGUUCUUCGUCUCGUUCAGCUCAUGGUAUUAUUGAUUGGCGUAAUGCACUGAGUAAAUAUAAUGAUUAUUCACAUCAAGGAAGUAACAUAUGGAAAAACACAACAACAACUAGUGAUGAUCUGUCGUUCUAUAACAAAAGUGCAUGGCGCCGUGCAGCUAAUCAAGAUCAACGAACAGCACACGAUCUUAUAGGAACGGAAGCAGAUGCCCAGUCAUUUCAAGACUUCAGACAUAAUAAUUUUGACUUCUACACAAACAAUCGUCAAUUUAUUGAAUUUACAGAAUAUGUUUCAUACAAUAUGAUUUAUGCAUUAACAAUAACAGGAUAA